AUGAGAUCCAUACCCUCGCGGCUGCCCAUUAUUCGCAUUGCGAAUGGCACUUUUCAUCGCCAUCAUCCGAAUUCUCAGGUUUCUCAUGCCAAUCCAUCCUUAUUCAAUGGCCUAUCCUUUGAGCUGCCAUCUUCGUCACUCCAACCGCACAAUUGGUGCGUCGUGGGGCCCUCGCUCUCGGGAAAGACGACGUUUCUCCAAAUCCUCCGAGGGCGAUUGCUCUGUGAGCCGCCUACGGCUCGGUCAUACCCAUACUUAUCCGGCGAAGAUGUAUCCUCGCGGCUGAGGAAUCCGCAAAAUGCUAUUCGGUACGUUGGCUUUGACGCGGAAGCCAUCGGGGGUGGACUGGGAGGCAGUGUGACAACAUCAGCGUACCUGUCGGCCAGGUAUGAGUCGAGGAGGGAGAUUACUGAUUUUCCAUUGAGAGACUUUCUCUUGGGGAAUACGGAGCUGAAUCCCCUCAAGGCACCGCUGGGGGAAGAUAACGAGGGCGCCGUAUCGAAAGAACUGUUGAACAGGGUGGUUACGGAUUUGCGAUUGGGCCAUUUGCUCGACUUGCCUGUUACCUUUUUGAGCAAUGGGCAGGGAAGACGGGCACGAAUUGCACGAGCCUUGCUCACACGGCCAGAGGUUUUGCUGCUGGAUGAGCCGUUCAUGGGGCUCGAUCCGACUACGGUGUCGGGACUCAGCCCGCUGUUGCAAUCGCUUGCUGAGAAGGCAACUCCUAGACUGGUGAUGAGCGCGAGGCCGCAGGAUCCAUUACCGGAGUGGAUUACGCAUUUGAUUUACUUGAGAAACGACUGUCAGGUUUCAUCAAUGGGACCUAAAGAGGUUGUGUUGGACGGUCUGCGGAGGUAUGUUCAAGGAGUGAAGCUGGGCGGCCUCCUGGAAGACGAUAAACUCCCAAUCCAUACACUAUCUGAAGUUGGGCGCGUCCUGGGGUCAAAUGUGCCAUGUACUCCGACGAACGGAAGCCAGGGCAGCGAGCACGAGUUACAUCCUGCAAAUCCCGACGCAGAGCCUCUCGUCGAAAUGGACGGGUGCCGUGUACAAUACGGGGACAAGAUUGCCCUGGGAAAUUGGUCGCAAGAAACGCCACAGGGCCCCAAGGACGGCCUCGUCUGGACCGUUCGAAGAGGCGAGCGCUGGGGAGUCUUUGGCCCGAACGGCUCCGGCAAAACCACCAUCGUGUCUCUCCUCGGCUCCGACCAUCCGCAGGCGUACUCCAUGCCCAUCAAGCUCUUUGGCCGCAGCCGUCUGCCAGAACCCGGAUCGUCCACGAAACCCUUGACAUUUUGGGACAUCCAAUCGCGCAUCGGCCACUCCAGCCCCGAAGUCCACCAGCACAUGCCCCGAGGCCACACGAUUCGCAAGGUCAUUGAGAACGCAUGGGCAGCUACAUUUGGCGCGCGGCCGAAACUAGACGCCAGCGCCAGGGCAAAAGUAGAUGCUGCAUUGCGGUGGUUCACUCCCGAACUGCGGCCUAAUUCCGAGUCGAAUCUACGCGGGGACGACUUGUCGUGGGCGGACGAAUACAUGUUUGGAGAAGUCUCCUUCUCGGCUCAACGCGUGGCGCUCUUUAUACGAUCCAUGAUAAAGUCUCCCGAUGUGGUUGUUCUAGACGAGGCGUUUAGUGGCAUGGAUGAUGCGGUCCGCGACAAGUGCGCUUUGUUCCUUACAGAUGGGGAGAACAAGAUACACGCUGGCGGAGAGGUUGUUCGGAGUGAAGUUGGGAAGAGGGGAGAGGUCGUUGUCGAGGGGCUGACGGAUCAACAGGCACUUAUCUGUAUUGCUCAUGUCAAGGAGGAGGUGCCGGACUGUGUGAGGGAGUGGAUGUGUUUGCCAGAGGCGAAUACAGGGCGUAGGGCGAGGUUCGGGAGGCUGGAUGGGCCUUUGGGUCAUGAUGAGAGGAGGUGGUUCGACGUGUGGGGGUUCUCUGCGUGA